AUGCGCUUGCUGUUUGUUGAGCCCAGACAAACCACUCCUACUACCCCUUGCGGCAAAAAAGCUGACGGCACCAACAUCGAGCCUCUCUGUGUCACCUACAACAGUAGACCUGGCCUUGAUGGCUGGAGUUGCGCCCACGCCAACCGUUUUGGCGUCUGCGAUGAGUACAAAUACACUACAAUGCCUCCCUACUGGCUCUGCAUUUAA